CUCUUUACCCCCCCACAGUGUCUCCAGUCGGUUCCUAACCUUCAGUCGUAUAGGUCGUGUUUUUUGGCCAGUGUGUGCAUGUGUGAAAUUGUGUUUAACCUUCCAUCAAUUUCUGUGCGAAUUCCCUCCACAAUUUAUUUUCGUGCAUUCGUGAAAAUUCAACGUUCAAACAUCGUGUGUGUUUGGGGUGUGCAUGUGUUUUCCCACCACGUGAUUCGUAACGACGACGACGUCUGGUCGACGCUCGAUUGUUGUAUUACUUCAUUCCGGCUUAUCCCCCCUAACAACCGAAGUAAAAAAGGAGUAGCUGAGAGAAAUGGAAGCUGCGGAAUCUGGCAGGAGUCGAUGGGCGGCUCCCACCAAAGUCGACGGCCUAUACGAUCCAGCCCUGGAGAAGGAAGCCUGCGGAGUUGGAUUCGUCGUCCAAAUCGAUGGCAUCCGCUCAAACAAAAUUCUCAAAGAUGCCAGGACGUUGGCAUCCCGGCUGGAUCACCGAGGAGCUUGUUCCUGUGACAACGACACGGGUGACGGUGCCGGUGUUUUAACUGCCAUUCCCCAUCAGCUCUACUCAUCCAUCAUCAGGGAAGAAGCUGAUAUCGAAUUACCGCCAAUAGGCCAUUACGCCACGGGCAUCUGUUUUGUAGACCGGGAGAAUCACGCCGAGAGCGAAGCCAUGUUCCAGGAAAUUGCCAAGGAGUGCUCUCUUCAGGUUCUCUAUUGGCGAACGGUUCCAACUGACAGGUCCGUGAUUGGACAAGUGGCGCGCAACGGUGAGCCAUUCAUGAGACAAGUCUUCGUUACCUGGGACAAUCCCGCAUUUACAUCGCCUGAAGAUGAACGUAUUUUCCUGGAGAAGGUUUUUGUGCUGAGAAAGAAGGUGACUCAUCGAAUCCCCCGGCCUGGUGCUCGCUUUUAUAUUUGCAGUUUAUCGCCAGAUGUGAUCGUCUACAAAGGACAACUCACGUCCACCCAAGUCUGGACUUACUUUUCUGAUCUCGAUAGACCGGAAUAUGAAACUUAUCUGGCCCUGGUUCACACAAGAUUUUCGACCAAUACUUUCCCCAGCUGGGAGCGAGCUCAUCCUCUGCGGAUGCUGGCCCACAAUGGCGAGAUUAAUACGCUCCGGGGCAAUGUCAACUAUAUGAAAGCCCGCGAAGGUUUGAUGAGUUCGGAGCGCUUUGGUAAACGAGCCCUGGCCGAAUUGUAUCCCGUCGUGGAACCCAAUCUCAGCGACUCGGGAUCGGCCGAUUGUGUACUUGAAUUUCUCGUCCGCGCCGGAGGCAGAUCUCUACCGGAGGCCAUUAUGACUAUGAUUCCGGAAGCCUGGGAACAAGACCCGCUGAUGGACCAGGAGAAGAAAGAUUUCUAUAGAUGGGCUGGAUGCUCCAUGGAACCGUGGGACGGACCAGCUUUGAUGGCCUUUACAGACGGACGCUACAUCGGCGCUGUUCUUGACCGAAACGGAUUGCGUCCGUCGAGGUACUACGUAACAAAGGAUAAUGUGGUGGUCAUGGCAUCAGAAGUAGGAGUCUAUGACGUCGAUCCUGCCGAUGUUAUACACAAAGGGAGAUUAGAACCUUCGCGGAUGCUUUUGAUAGACACGGCCAAUCGGGUCAUCAUCGGCGACGACGAGAUCAAGAUGAGUAUCGCCCGCAGUCGCCCACAUUCUGAAUGGUUGGGCCAGCUGGUCACUCUGGACGAUAUAAGGAAGACGUCGGCGGUAAUUUCCAGCCAAAACGGUCAACCACCUUCCAUCGAACCACAACUCAAAUCGGCCGAAGAAAUCCGGAAGAUUCUGUCGCUGUUCAACUACACGCUCGAAACUCUGUCUCUGCUACUCGUCCCCAUGUUUACAAACAAGAAGGAAGCGCUGGGAUCGAUGGGAAACGAUGCCCCUUUGGCGUGCAUCUCCGACUUCCAGCCGCUGCUCUACGAAUACUUUAAGCAGCUUUUCGCUCAAGUUACUAAUCCGCCGAUCGAUCCUUUUCGUGAACGAAUUGUCAUGUCGUUGGCUUGUCCAAUCGGUCCCGAGGCCAAUAUCCUGGAGCCUAGCGAUCAGCAAUGCCGUCGCUUGUACCUGGAACAGCCGAUUUUGUCGCCGGAUGAUUUGAAACUCAUCAUCAACUGUUCCGCCAAUGACUGGAAGUCUAAAAUUAUUGACAUCACUGUUGACGCCAACGUACCGCUGGUCUACAUCACUCAACUGGAUCGCAUCUGUGAGGAAGUGACGGAAGCUGUCAAGGCGGAUUUCCAGUUUAUUAUCCUCUCCGAUAGAAAAGCCGGAAAGGAAAGGAUUCCGCUGAGCGCUCUAUUGACGUUGGGGGCCGUCCAUCAUCAUUUGAUCGAAGAACGACUCCGCAUGAAAGUGGGCCUUAUAGUGGAAACGGGCGAAGCCAGAGAGGUGCACCACAUGUGCGUUUUGCUGGGCUUUGGGGCGGAUGCCAUCUGCCCCUAUUUGAUUAUGGAAGCCACUCGGCGUCUCAGAUGUGAAGGCGUCCUCAACGAUAAAUUGAAUGACAAGCAAGUCUUCGACAACUAUACCGAGGCCAUGGAGAACGGUAUCGCCAAAGUCAUGGCCAAAAUGGGCAUAUCGACUCUGCAAUCUUACAAAGGAGCUCAGAUCUUUGAGGCCAUUGGACUCUCCGACGAGAUUAUCGAUAAAUGCUUCAAGGGCACCUCGUCCCGUGUGGGUGGUGUCACUUUCAAAGAAGUGGCUCAGGAAACUGUGGAACGUCACAUUAUAUCGUUCCAUAAAAUGGAAUGCGAUACGUAUGUGCUUCGCGAUCCUGGUAAUUAUCAUUGGCGUCGUGGGGGAGAGAAACAUCUUAACGAUCCUGACAGCAUCGGAGUCCUCCAGGAAGCUGCAAAGAACAACAGCCGAGAUGCUUUUAACCGCUUCCAGCAAUCCACCAUGAAAAGCUUGCGCCAAUGCACUUUGAGAGGCCAACUGGAAAUCAUUCCGUCGAGCCAGCCCGUUAGCAUUGAAGAUGUCGAACCUGCUUCCGAAAUUGUCAAGCGAUUCGUGACUGGUGCCAUGAGCUUUGGAUCCAUCUCCAAGGAGGCCCACACGACUCUGGCGACAGCCAUGAACCGCAUAGGAGCCAAAUCCAAUACCGGAGAAGGAGGCGAAGAUCCUGAACGUUAUUUGAAUCAGGAUCCUGCAAAUAGUCACCGCUCGGCUAUCAAACAAGUUGCCAGUGGUCGAUUCGGAGUGACGGCUGCUUAUCUGGCCAAUGCGGACGAGUUGCAAAUUAAAAUGGCGCAAGGAGCCAAACCGGGCGAAGGUGGCGAAUUGCCCGGCUUCAAAGUGACGGUUGACAUUGCUCAAACGCGACACAGCGUGGCUGGAGUCGGUCUGAUAUCUCCGCCUCCUCAUCACGACAUUUACUCGAUCGAGGAUCUUGCCGAAUUGAUUUACGACCUGAAAUGCGCCAAUCCGUUGGCCCGCAUCUCGGUCAAACUGGUGUCCGUCGUCGGCGUGGGCGUCGUGGCCGUUGGAGUGGCCAAGGGCAAAGCGGAACACAUCACCAUUUCCGGUCACGACGGCGGAACGGGAGCCAGCAGCUGGACCGGAAUCAAAAACGCUGGUCUUCCCUGGGAGCUCGGCAUCGCCGAAACUCACCAAACUCUCGUCUUGAACGAUUUACGUUCAAGAGUCGUCCUUCAGGCCGAUGGACAAAUCCGGACGGCGUUUGACGUCAUCGUAGCCGCCGUGUUGGGAGCGGAUGAAUUCGGGUUCAGCACUGCCCCGCUGAUUGCAUUAGGUUGCACGAUGAUGCGGAAAUGUCAUUUGAACACGUGCCCGGUUGGAAUCGCGACUCAGGAUCCGGUCCUGCGUGAGAAAUUUGCAGGUCAGCCUGAACACGUCAUCAAUUAUUUCUUCCUUCUGGCGGAAGAAGUCCGCAAAGAAAUGGCCAAACUGGGACUCGUCAAAUUCCAGCAGCUGAUUGGACGCACCGAUUUUGUCCGUGUUCGUGACGCCCAGGAUCCCGCCAGUCCCAAGAAAUCCAAACUUUUGUACUUUGGGGCCGUUCUACGUAGCGCCCUCAGCAUGCGACCGGGAGUCAACAUCAUUGGCGGAUCCAUCGCCCAGGAUUUUGGUCUUGAAAAUCACCUGGAUCAAAAAUUAAUCAAAGAAUCCGCCAGCGUCCUGAACGGCACCUGCCAGAAAGUCAGUUUCGCCGUUAAUGUCGUCAAUUCCAAUCGAGCCGUGGGCACCAUCCUCAGUUACACGAUCGCCAAAAAGUAUGGCGAAGAAGGGCUUCCGGACGGAAGCAUCAACGUUUUCAUGAGAGGAUCGGCUGGCCAGAGUUUCGGCGCUUUCUUGGCUCGCGGAAUCAGCAUAACUUUGGCUGGCGAUGCCAAUGAUUAUGUCGGCAAGGGACUGUCCGGAGGUGAAAUUGUUAUUUAUCCGCCCAGGACCAGCACCUUCCAGUCAGAGAAAAAUAUCAUCGUCGGAAACGCUUGUCUUUACGGCGCCACUUCGGGCCGUGCCUUUUUCCGUGGGGUGGCAGGCGAACGCUUUUGCGUCCGCAAUUCCGGCGCUAUCGCCGUCGUCGAAGGAGUUGGUAACCAUGGUUGCGAGUACAUGACGGGCGGAACGGUCCUCAUUCUAGGACCUACGGGACGUAAUUUCGCUGCUGGAAUGUCCGGCGGAAUCGCCUACGUCUUGGACACGAAAGGUAUUUUCCCAACGUUCUGCAACACGACGAUGGUCCAGCUGUUGCCGUUGGUUUCGGUGGAAGAUGCCGUCAUCGUUCACUCUCUGCUGGAAGAAUAUUACGAGAAAACGGCAUCCGAUUACGCCAAAGUCUUGCUGGAUGAAUGGCCGAAAGCGCGAUACAAGUUCGUCAAAGUCUUCCCUUACGAUUAUCAAAAGGCUUUGCAGGCCCAGGAAGCGGAGGCCAAGAAAGAGAAAAAGGCCAAGGGCAAAUCGCCCAAAGUCAAUGUCAAGACCAACGGUUUUCAGACGAAAUUAAACGACAUUGCGGACAUUGAGGAUGCGGCCGGACCCAGCCAACCGGUCGACAAGGUCCGAGGCUUCAUGAAGUACAAUCGCGAAGUCGUCAGUUAUCGCCCGGCUGAAAAGCGGAUGAACGACUGGGAAGAAAUUUACGAUUUCGAUCACGUCAAGAAAGGACUCAAAGUCCAGGCGUCCCGGUGCAUGGAUUGCGGAGUUCCGUUCUGUCAGAGUUCGUUUGGCUGCCCGCUGGGCAACAUAAUUCCUAAAUGGAACGAUCUGGUCUCUCAGGACAAGUGGAAGGAAGCGCUGGAUCAACUUUUACAGACCAACAAUUUCCCGGAAUUCACCGGUCGAGUGUGUCCGGCUCCGUGCGAAAGCGCCUGCGUCUUGGGCAUCAACAAUUUGCCCGUCACGAUCAAAUCAAUCGAAUGCUCCAUCAUCGAUUACGCGUUCGAGCAAGGAUGGAUGAAAGCCGAGCCUCCACUCAUCCGCACUGGGAAAAAAGUCGCCGUGGUGGGAUCCGGCCCGGCUGGAUUAGCAUGCGCUCACCAACUCAAUAAGGCUGGACAUUUAGUCACCGUGUUUGAACGUGAUGACGCAAUCGGUGGUCUACUUCAAUAUGGAAUCCCUACGAUGAAACUUUCCAGGGAUGUGAUUAAGCGCCGUGUGGAAUUGUUGCAACAGGAAGGAAUUGCCUUCCUGACUGGAGUCGACAUUGGCAAGGACAUAUCCGCCGAGGAUCUGCGCAAGCAGUACGACGCCAUAGUCCUUUGCAUAGGAUCGACUAGACCUCGAGAUAUUGCCAUACCCGGGCGGAUGCUGGACGGCAUCCUCCAAGCCGUUUCGUAUUUAGGUACUUGGCAAAAGAAGCAGAUGCAUCCGGAUAACAAUCUGGGCAAUCCGUGCUACACGGCAAAGGAUCGGGAUGUCAUCAUCUUGGGCGGAGGUGACACUGGCAACGAUUGCAUCGGAACUUCCCUGCGCCAGGGAGCCCGUUCCAUUACGACGUUCGAGAUCCUUCCGCCUCCGCCAACGUCCCGCGCCAGUGAUAAUCCAUGGCCUCAAUGGGGCCGCGUCUUCAAAGUCGACUACGGCCACGAAGAAGUUAAAAUUAAAUACGGUAAAGAUCCUCGUCUGUAUAACACGAUGAGCAAGGAGUUUGUCAGCGAUGGAAAGGGCGGAGUGGCCGGCAUCAAAGCAGUGCAAGUCGAAUGGAAGAAAGAUGCCGAGUCUGGAAAAUGGGUCAUGACUGAAGUUCCUAAUAGCGAAAAGCUUUACAAGUGUGACAUGGUCCUAUUGGCCAUGGGCUUCCUGGGUCCCGAACCCAACAUAAUGAAUCAGUUGAAACUCCAAGUGGAUCCUUACAGUAAUGUGUCAACGCCCAGCGACGAGUACUCGACCAACGUCAGUGGGGUUUACGCCGCUGGAGAUUGCCGAAGGGGCCAGUCGCUGGUGGUUUGGGCCAUUGCAGAAGGCCGCCAAGCGGCCCGCCAGGUGGAUGAAAUGCUGAUGGGCUCUUCAUCCUUGAGUGGACCUGGAGGAAUCGUUCAAUUGGAUAGCAGCGUCGGUGGUGCUCCUUAAAUACUCAAUCAAAAUCCCACCCAUUUUAAUUCAAAAAAUAUACUUAAUUAUUAAUUCGUUUCAUUCGUGGUAUAAUAGCCCAUAGGUUUGCAUUUAGACGGCAAAAAUGGAAGACUGAUGAUCUUGAGAUCGUGAUUGGGGCUUUAAUUGUUUUAAAAACAAAUUAAAUGUUCAUUGUGUUUUAAUACCGUUUAUGUAGCUCCUCCUCCAAUCAAUGACAGUUAAUUUUGCAUUAAGGGUAUGCUAUUACACGCAACUGUUCUGUAAGAGAGAAAGAGACAAUACACAAUCUAACACACAUA